CACUUCCGGGGUCGAGGCCGGGAAGCGGCUGCGCCGACGGAGAGGCUGCUGUUGUUGCUGCUUCUGGUCGGGGAGCGCUGCGCGGAGGUCUUCGGCGGCGUCGGUGCGAAGUUGCUCGGCUGAGGCGGCCGGUGCGGCGACCCCUCCUCCACCAUGUCUCGGGGCUCGAUCGAGAUCCCCCUCCGGGACACUGACGAGGUCAUUGAGCUUGACUUUGAUCAGUUACCGGAGGGGGAUGAAGUUAUAAGUAUUCUUAAACAGGAACAUACUCAACUACACAUAUGGAUUGCUUUAGCGUUGGAAUAUUACAAACAAGGCAAAACAGAAGAUUUUGUAAAACUGCUAGAGGCUGCUCGUAUAGAUGGAAACCUGGAUUACAGAGAUCAUGAAAAAGAUCAGAUGACUUGCUUGGAUACCUUAGCAGCCUACUAUGUACAGCAGGCUCGAAAAGAAAAGAAUAAAGACAACAAGAAAGAACUUAUUACACAAGCUACCUUGCUAUAUACUAUGGCUGACAAAAUAAUCAUGUAUGAUCAGAAUCACUUAUUGGGAAGAGCCUGUUUCUGCCUUCUGGAGGGUGAUAAAAUGGAUCAGGCUGAUGCUCAGUUUCACUUUGUGCUCAACCAGUCUCCAAAUAAUAUUCCAGCACUUCUUGGCAAAGCAUGUAUUUCAUUCAACAAGAAAGAUUAUAGAGGAGCCCUUGCCUACUACAAAAAAGCACUGCGAACCAAUCCAGGUUGUCCAGCUGAGGUUCGACUGGGUAUGGGCCACUGUUUCGUAAAGCUGAACAAGUUAGAGAAAGCUCGCCUGGCAUUCAGCAGGGCACUGGAACUCAAUUCUAAAUGUGUGGGGGCCUUAGUUGGAUUGGCUGUUCUGGAGCUCAAUAAUAAAGAGGCUGAUUCCAUUAAAAAUGGUGUCCAGUUGCUCUCUAGAGCAUACACAAUUGAUCCUAGUAACCCAAUGGUGCUAAACCACUUGGCUAACCAUUUCUUCUUCAAAAAGGAUUAUGGUAAAGUCCAGCACUUGGCUCUCCAUGCUUUCCACAACACAGAGGUUGAAGCAAUGCAAGCCGAGAGUUGCUAUCAAUUAGCCAGGUCUUUCCAUGUUCAGGAGGAUUAUGAUCAAGCUUUCCAGUACUACUACCAAGCAACACAGUUUGCUUCUUCCUCUUUUGUACUGCCAUUUUUUGGACUGGGUCAAAUGUACAUUUACCGGGGAGACAAGGAGAAUGCAUCACAGUGCUUUGAAAAAGUUUUGAAAGCCUACCCCAACAACUAUGAAACCAUGAAAAUUCUUGGAUCUCUCUAUGCUGCUUCAGAAGAUCAAGACAAGCGAGAUAUUGCAAAGGGUCAUUUAAAGAAGGUCACAGAACAGUAUCCGGAUGAUGUAGAAGCAUGGAUUGAGCUAGCACAAAUCCUAGAGCAGACGGAUAUACAGGGUGCUCUCUCUGCUUAUGGUACAGCAACAAGAAUUCUUCAAGAGAAAGUGCAAGCGGAUGUGCCUCCAGAGAUUUUGAAUAAUGUGGGUGCUCUCCAUUUUAGACUUGGAAACUUGGGAGAAGCAAAGAAAUACUUCUUGGCAUCUCUGGACCGUGCUAAAGCAGAAGCUGAACAUGAUGAGCACUACUACAAUGCUAUCUCCGUGACUACAUCCUACAAUCUGGCCAGAUUGUAUGAAGCAAUGUGUGAAUUCCAUGAGGCAGAAAAACUAUACAAAAACAUCCUUAGAGAACAUCCUAAUUAUGUUGACUGCUAUCUGCGUUUAGGAGCUAUGGCUAGAGAUAAAGGAAACUUUUACGAAGCUUCCGACUGGUUUAAAGAAGCCCUUCAAAUCAACCAGGACCAUCCAGAUGCUUGGUCCUUAAUUGGCAACCUUCACUUGGCUAAACAAGAGUGGGGUCCAGGACAGAAGAAAUUUGAAAGAAUAUUGAAGCAGCCAUCAACCCAGAAUGAUACUUACUCUAUGUUGGCUCUAGGCAACGUAUGGUUACAAACACUGCACCAGCCCACCAGGGACAGAGAAAAGGAAAAGCGUCAUCAAGAUCGUGCUCUAGCCAUCUACAAGCAGGUACUCAGGAAUGACCCAAAGAAUUUGUAUGCUGCUAAUGGCAUAGGAGCUGUGCUGGCACACAAAGGAUAUUUCCGUGAGGCUCGUGAUGUUUUUGCCCAAGUGAGAGAGGCAACAGCAGAGAUUAGUGAUGUGUGGCUCAAUCUGGCACACAUCUAUGUGGAACAGAAGCAGUACAUCAGUGCUGUACAGAUGUAUGAAAACUGUCUCAGAAAGUUCUAUAAGCACCAGAAUACGGAGGUACUGUUGUAUUUGGCCCGAGCUCUCUUCAAAUGUGGCAAAUUACAAGAGUGCAAGCAGACACUGCUGAAGGCUAGACAUGUGGCACCCAGUGAUACAGUUCUUAUGUUCAAUGUGGCCCUGGUGCUGCAGAGACUAGCUACGUCUGUCCUGAAAGAUGAAAAGAGUAACCUGAAAGAAGUGCUAAAUGCUGUGAAAGAACUGGAGCUAGCUCACAGAUACUUCAGUUAUUUGAGUAAAGUGGGAGAUAAAAUGAGGUUUGACUUGGCACUUGCUGCAACUGAAGCUAGGCAAUGCUCUGAUCUGCUGAGUCAAGCUCAGUAUCACGUGGCUCGGGCUCGCAAGCAGGAUGAAGAAGAACGGGAGCUGCGAGCAAAACAAGAGCAAGAAAAAGAACUGCUGCGCCAGAAGCUGCUCAAAGAACAGGAAGAAAAACGUCUCAGAGAAAUAGAAGAACAAAAGAAACUUCUGGAGCAGAGAGCACAGUAUGUGGAGAAGACCAAGAAUAUUCUGAUGUUCACUGGGGAAGUCGAAGGAUCAAAAGAGAAAAAACGUGGUGGAGCUGGCCGGCGUUCCAAAAAAACAGGGGAAUUUGAUGAGUUUGUCAAUGAUGACAGUGAUGAAGAUCUUCCAGUAUCUAGAAAGAAAAAGAGGAGAAAGGGCAGCGGCAGUGAACAAGAUGGUGAGGAAGAAGAAGGAGGAGAGAAGAAAAAGAAGAAGAGGCGAAGACCCCAAAAGGCAGAGGAUGGAACUGAUGAUGAUGAAAAUGAGACUGCACCCCGACCUAAAAAGCGCCGCCCAGCCAAGCCUGAGAAGAGGAGAAUUUCCAAGCCAGAACGCCUGCCUCCUUCAAUGAAGGGAAAAAUCAAAUCUAAAGCCAUAAUUUCAUCUAGUGAUGACUCAUCUGAUGAAGAUAAACUGAAGAUUGCUGAUGAUGGAAAUGCUAGGAACAGCAACAGUGAUUCGGAUGAUGCCGAGCAGCUGCGCAACAAGCGUAUCAUGUCGGGCAGUGAUUCGGAUAAUAGUAACAAAUCUGGCAGUGAGGGGGGCAGUCCCAGGCGAUCCAGUGCCCGCCCUUCUGAUGACGACUCAGACAGUGACGGGUCAGCACGGAAGAGGAGACGAUCAGAUUCAGAACAGUCUGACAAUGAGUCUGUACGGUCAGGAAGAAGCCAGUCUGUGCAAUCGGGAAGAAGCCGCUCAGGUGGUUCCGAAAGUGAAUCUCGCCCAGCUUCUCGCAGUGCUGAGUCUGAUCAUGAUUCAGACAGAGCAUCUGAUAAUGAGGGCUCAGGUAAUGAUUCUGAGCCAGUGGUGUCCAAUAAUGAAGGGUCUGAGCGAGGUUCUUAUGGUGGAUCAGAUGACAGUGAUUAGAUUUCUGUUUCAGCCUGUGUUUUUAUAAACUGUUUUGUAAAUAUAUUUUGGUUUGAGAGAUCUUGGGGAAGAGGGGGGAUAUCUUUUUCUAUUAAAAACUGUGAUUAAAAACAUGCACAACUGUGUUUUAGGGAAACUAAUUAAAGUUGAAACAUUUCCUAUAUUGUUUUUCUACUGGACCUGUACACUUGGUAGAUCUUAGUGUUCCCCUACCAUACAGAAUCUACUUCUGUUGUACCUGGAGGUCAGGUUUGCUCUAUAGUGGACUAAGAAAUGUACAUUGUCAGAAUGUACAUAUGAUCUGAAGAGCCAGAAUACCAAGAUAGUAAUCCUUCAUCUGGUUAUGCUUGCUGAAGGCCCUCUGAAACAAAUGGCACGUAAGCAGAUCUAACUAGGUGGAAGGUUGUAGCCCUACUGUCUUGCCCACUCUGAUCAAAAGCAUGUUAUACUUUGGUUCUUUUUAAUAUAUAUGGGGAAAGGAGUACCGAUAGUAGUCCAAGAAUUUCUCAAAUAAUAUAAAGAAUGUUUGGGUUUAAAAAGCUGUUGUUCUGACUACAUAGCUCUUAUGAAAUAUAUUUUUAUGUUCUGUUUAAAGUACAUAUGUGCUGUAGUGAAUGCCUAAACUGAAAAAAAAUUCUAAAAAUAAUGCUAUGGAGUCAUAGAUAAAUGUCAGAUUUAUGACAUGGCAAAUUUUUUAAAAAAUUAAACGGAAGUCCUUGGAGUGAAAAGUUCUGCCUGUGGCAACUAAUAAAAAUUCUUGCUACCAUCUG